AUGAAAUUCUCAACUGCGUUUCUUUCUCUGCUCUCUCUUGUGCCGCUUGCGGUUGCACAACAACAGGUUUGGGGACAAUGCGGUGGUAUUGGAUGGACUGGCCCAACGACUUGCGUGUCUGGCACUAGUUGCGUGACAUCUAACCCCUACUAUUCUCAAUGUAUCCCAUCAACAAAUGCACCGCCUCCGCCACCGCCGUCAAGUUCACAGCCUGCUGGAACACCGACAUCAACUGCUUCCGGAGGCAGCGCAACUGGUGGACUCGAUACCAUUGCUAAGGGAGCUGGGAAGAAGUACUUUGGUACUGCAACAGAUGCAUCUGAGUUCCAGAGUGACGCUGCAUACGCGGCCGUUUUGACGACAAAGGGCGAAUUCGGACAGCUCACACCGUUGAACAGCAUGAAAUGGGACACAACCGAACCCUCACGUGGUAGCUUUAACUUUGCCGGUGGUGACGCACUUGUCGCCGAGGCAAAGGCCAACGGUCAAAUCGUGCGCGGACACAACUGCGUCUGGUACAACCAGCUACCAAGCUGGGUUUCAAACAGCGGCUUCAACUCUGCCACCUUGACGUCAGUCAUCCAGACUCACUGCUCGACGCUUGUUGGUCACUUCAAGGGAGAAAUUUACGCGUGGGAUGUCAUCAACGAGCCUUUCAACGAUGAUGGUACCUGGCGUUCAGACGUCUUCUACAAUACUUUGGGUCAAAGCUACGUCCAGAUCGGUCUUCAAGCCGCACGCGGGGCCGACUCUGGUGCCAAGCUUUACAUUAAUGACUACAACAUUGAAUACACCGGUGCGAAGGCAACGGCUAUGAUCAACCUCGUCAAGUCUUUGAAGUCUGCUGGUGUACCGCUCGACGGUGUCGGUUUCCAAGGCCACUUCAUCGUUGGUGAAGUGCCGACUUCGCUGUCAUCGGUGAUGUCACAGGUCGCAGCUCUCGGUGUUGAGGUCGCCAUCACAGAGUUGGAUAUCCGUAUGCCUCUUCCUGCUUCAUCGGCGAACCUCGCGCAGCAACAGCGGGACUACCAAAGCGUUAUUCAACAAUGCAACUCCGUUGCUGGCUGUAUCGGUGUCACUGUUUGGGACUUCUCAGACAAGUACUCGUGGGUACCGAACACCUUCAGUGGCCAGGGUGCUGCCUGCCCAUGGGACCAGAAUAUGCAAAAGAAGGCCGCCUACAACGGAAUCGUUGCAGGGUUCUGA